AUGCCUGAUAUCUACAAGCAUGGAAAUCAGAGCCUAGGCGCUCUGCUCGAUACUAAUGGACUGGGUAUCAGCAUCCUAGGGAUGGGGAUCAGCCCAUCGACUGGCGCUGAGAAGCUAGGCAUCUUCAUUCGCGCCAUGACGCCCGGAGGAGCUGCGGAGCGAGACGGAAGGUAA